AUGGCUCCCACCAAGGGCGAUGCACCACUCAAGGCUUCCAAGGUGACCAAGGCUCAGUCACCUCCCAAGACAGCCGGAAGCCGGAAGUUCACGACUGUAGUGAGCGAGGAUAAUAUGAGAAUUCUCUGGGCUUACCUCGAAAAAGCUCAGCUUCAGGGUGCUACCAUCGACCACAAGGCAGUUGCUAAGCGAAUGGGAUUGACCUACGCCGCCACCAACCAGCGCUAUUAUACCAUGCGCGAUUACUUCAAGCAGCUUACUCCGUUUGAUAGGCCUCUUGAGAACGAUGAGACUCCCGCUGAGUCUAAGAUUGCCAAGUCUCCCCGAAAGAAGGCUGUUAAGUCUCCCAAAGCCACCGAGAAGUCUAAGGCUAAGAAGCCGGCUACGGCUGUCAAUGAUGAGGAGGCCGCCGACAAGUUCGACUAUAUGAAUGAGGAUGCUGCUAUGGCGUUGGAUGAGCAGGUGCAGCAGGAUAUCGCGAAGGCGGAACAGACUGAAGCUUAG